UUUUACGCUAAUAGAGCACGAACAUAAAAACUAGCUUCUUCUUAAAAAGAGAGCAUUUAUAUCGAACUGUUGUCAGUAAUUAAUACACACAGUUGUUUAAACUAUAAACAGUCUUAACCGUGUCAGGUUUAGGACACCAGCCUGUCCAGUGAACUUUGCUGUGGUCAUGCAGGUGGUGGUUUAGCUGGUAACAGCACGUUCUGUAAUUAUUUUGCACAUGGCGCAUUGUGGACUGAUCACUGUUAUUGUAGCGGUAUGGCUCACCAGCACUCAGGUUGUGAAAUCAGCAGAGGAUCUUUCUUACAUAGCAGCAGUGUAUGAACAUAAGGUUUUACUCAACCCGGAUCCAGCUGUGGCAGUGGAGAGAACAGCAGCCCUGCAACACAUGAACAAGAACCUGGAGGUGUUUGAGGAACAGGCUGCUUCAGCUGCUCAGCAGGGUGCCCAGAUCAUAGUGUUUCCUGAGGAUGCCAUCCAUGGGUUUAACUACACCAGAGUGUCUAUAGCUGGGUAUUUGGAGACAGUGCCUGAUCCUGGAACUGUUGUAUGGAGUCCAUGUGCAGACCCUGACAGAUUCAGUAACACAGAGGUUCUCCAUCGUCUGAGCUGUAUUGCUCAUAAAAAUCAUCUCUUCCUCGUGGCCAACAUGCCUGACCGUCAGCCCUGCGACAAAUCUAAUGAUCCUUUCUGUCCAGCUGAUGGCCAGUACCAGUUUAACACAGAUGUGGUUUUUAGUGACAAUGGCACCAUUGUAGCGAGAUACCACAAACAGAACCUGUACUUUGAGGCAGCUUAUGAUACACCUCCCAAGUGUGAGUAUGUCUUCUUUACUACGCCGUUUGCUGGACGAUUCGGAGUGUUUACCUGCUUUGACAUACUGUUCAAAGAUCCAGCUGUGACCCUGGUGAAGGACAUGGGCAUUAGACAGCUGGUGUACCCAACAGCCUGGAUGAACCAGCUCCCUUUGCUGGCUGCUGUGCAGUUUCAGCGCUCCUUUUCUUACUCGACAGGAGCCACCUUGUUGGCUGCUAACAUACGAUCAGCAGCUUUGGGAAUGACUGGAAGUGGGAUUUUUACUCCCUGGGAUGCAGUUUACCAUCAUGAUAUGGAGGGAGAGACUGGGAAACUGUUGGUGCAUAAAUUGCCAGUUCUGGAUCCUUCUCUGUUAGGGGAUGCUGAAGAGAGGAAUAGAUUAAGGUUAGUGCCCUUCUCGGGGCAUUCUGGAGUGGAAAUAGAAAAUCCCUGGUCUGUAAAAGAAUUUCAGAAAAACUCAGACAGAGAGUAUUGCCUAAAAGAAGACUCGAGCUGUGAUUCACCUGACAGACCUACACCCUUCACUUCGACAAUGAUGUAUGAUACGUUUACCUUGGUGCCACUAGAUGGCAGACAGGGGAAUAUCACAGUAUGUGACGGUUCAUUCUGCUGCCACCUGCUCUUUCACAGAUCAAACCCCAACGAAGAGCUUUAUGCACUUGGAGCAUUUAAUGGACUACAUGUGGUUCAUGGAACAUACCACUUAGAAGUGUGUGCCUUGGUUCGAUGCACAAGGCUGGAUAGUACAAGCUGUGGAGAAGAAACUGAGCAAGCUCAGACAUUAGUGGACUUUCACCUGCAUGGGACGUUCAGCACUCAACAUGUCUAUGCUGGGGUGUUGGGCAGUGGGAUGACUCUGGAGCGACCUGAUCAGUCUGGCUGGGAGAAUGGAGGCAAGUUCUACAUGAGCCGUAAAGGGAUGAGCAGGGGAUUGGUGACUGCAGUGCUGUAUGGUAGAGUUUAUGAGAAGGACAGCAUAUAGGCAAUUUUAUAUUUCAAAUGCUUUGCUAUGGGCCUUGAGUAUAAAAGUCAGGAGAAAUUUCUUAUACAGGUGACUCAUAUGAAUCAACAGGAACCAAUUGAAAUGGUUUGGACAUCCCACAAGAAUACUCACUGGUCAGCCCGCAUUGGAGCCGUUUUAUGCACAUCCCACUGCACAGAGACCACAGGUAGAUCCAGGACCUGAAUCAGGUAUUUUGUCACCCAGCUGUCUCAUGAAUACCUGGGGAUCACAAUAGCUCAAAUCUUUAGCCAGAGAUAAAGUCUGGGCUGGUCUGCUUAGCCUACUGCCUCCAUAAUUCAUCAGGAGAAGUGGAUAAAAGAUGAGAUGAAACACUUAAAUAAGGUUAUUAAAGGCUUAAGUAAAAUCCUUAAUAAAUCUGGUACAUUUUCAAAUACAA